GUUGAAAUCAAUAAACUGCAAGCCAAGUAAACCAACUCUACCUCAAAAUGAUUGGAAUUAUUUUAUUGCUUGUAUUGGUCGUCAUAAUAGCCGGUUUCUACUUCUCCAAAACUACAAAGGAUAUGCCAAAAUCUUGGUAUGAAUGGAAGACAGAGUUUCGAUAUCAAUUUAUUGGUAUGACUGGUCUCAUACAUGACUUCUCCAACGAAAGCAACGACAGAGUCGAGCUCUACAAACAACCUGGACGUGUUGCUAUUAUCACUGGUGGUAAUCGGGGCAUUGGUCUUAGAAUUGUCGAGAAACUUUUAGCUUGUGAUAUUACCGUGAUUAUGGGUGUACGCGAUCCACAAAGCGCUGAAGCUGCCGUUAGUAAAAUAGUUGAUCUCAAAACCACCAAAGGCAAAUUGAUUUGUGAACAAUUGGAUGUUGGCGAAUUGAAAUCAGUAAGACAAUUCGCCGCAAAAAUACAAAAAGACUAUCCAAAAGUGGACAUAUUAAUAAAUAAUGCCGGUAUUAUGUUUGCUCCUUUUAAACUCACAUCCGAUGGAUUUGAGUCUCAUUUGGCUAUAAAUUACUUGGGUCAUUUCUUGCUGACGCAUUUACUAUUGCCACAACUGAAAGCUGCAGGGACCGCAUCACAGAGAGCACGUGUCGUCAAUGUAUCUUCUUGUGUGAAUUUGAUUGGUCGUAUUAACUACAAUGAUAUAAACGGAGAAAAAUACUACUAUCCUGCCACUGCAUAUAGUCAAUCGAAAUUGGCUCAAAUCUUAGCCACACGCCACUUACAAAGCUUAUUGGACAAAGAAGGCGCAUAUGUACAAGUUAAUGUUGUGCAUCCUGGCAUAGUUGAUACUGAUCUAUUCGAGCAUUCCGCCACAACUUCAGUGCCAUUCUUCAAAAAGCUCUGCUUCAAGACACCUGAACGCGGCUCACGUACAGUUGUUUAUGCAGCUAUAGCGCCGGAAAUUGAAGGUCAAGGCGGUAUUUAUUUCAGCAACUGCGUAAAAGGACCCAUGCAUCCUGCAGCUAAGAAUGCUGAGAAGUGUGAAAAGUUUUUCAAUUAUACUUGUGAACUGCUGAAAUUAAAUGAGAAGCAGUAAUUAAGGAAUACUUGAGUGUGGAAAAAAUGACAAGAGAAAUGAGAAGAGCGACUGGAAGAGUUGAAGGAUGUAUAUGAAGGCUUAGGAAUGAUUCAAGGGACAAUUUUAUGAAGACCGCAAGUUUUCAAUUAGGCGCAGUUAUGAAUUUGAGAACACAAUUUAAAAAUUUAUAAUACAUUUUUU